UUUUUUAAAGCAAGAUUUUUAAAUAGAAAAAUGGGAAAGGAAAGACUCGAUAAUGCUGCCCCAGUUAUUCAUGCAACGAAAGUCAGACUUGUAGAUAAUCCUAAACUUUAUGAUGAAAAUAUUGAGGACCCAAUAGAUGCUCAGGAGGUGUUUGACUACAUAAAAGAUAUAAGCGAUCCUGAACAUCCAUAUACUUUAGAGCAAUUAAAUGUUGUUCAGGAAGAACUAAUUUAUGUUGGUCUCGAUCCUUUGGACCCUUAUGUUGAUGUUCGUUUUACUCCAACAAUUCCGCAUUGUUCCAUGGCUGCAUUAAUCGGCCUUGCAAUUCAUGCAAAACUUAAAAGAAUAACCCCAGGUUCACAUAGCACAGAAGAAUCAAUUAAUCGACAACUUGCCGAUAAGGAGAGGGUUUCAGCCGCGAUGGAAAAUAUUGGCCUUAUGCAAACAAUAAAUUCAUGUUUGAAACCGAGUGACAAAUAAAUC